AUGGAAAGCUAUGGAUUGCCGACAAAUGGAUUCGAGACAAGGCUUCCCCACAACGUGAUUGUCAAAGCGACCGUGCCAUUCAAAUCAACGCGCCAUCUCCCCAACCUCCGCCUCCGCCCCUUCUUAAACUCCCUCACCUUUCCACCCAAAUACUUCAUUUAUUCCGACUCCCCUGUUUCCUCCCCUGUUACCUCCCCUGUUUCCUCCCCUGUUUCUUCCCUUAACACAAACCACAAGCAGGGGCACCUCAAUAAUCCCAUCUUAAUGGCCAAACUAACCAAAACCCACCUCAAAUUUUGGCUGUUUAUGCUGCUGAUUCUCUUUCCCUUGGCUCCGGCGGCGGAUCUUGAACAAACAGAGUGCUUAAAAGUCCCCUCGUCGGAGUUCUCCAACUCUGUUCUCUCCACCAUCGGCGUCGUGCGCCAGGUCAUGCUCAUUUUCUCUCCAUUCACUAAAUUUCUCGGUGAUUCCCGCCUUUCCACCGCCAUUUCCGACUGUCUCGAUUUGCUGGAUUCUUCUUCCGACCAGUUGAGCUGGUCGCUCUCCGCCGCCCAAAACCCAAAGGCUAAGAACAACAGCACCGGAGAUCUGAGUUCUGAUCUGAAAACAUGGCUGAGCGCUGCCGGAGUUAACCCAGAAACAUGCAUGGAAGGAUUCGAAGGCACCAAUAGCAUUGUCAAAGGAUUAGUCUCCGAAGGCAUCAACCAAUUAACUUCACAGGUUUAUAACCUUCUUUCCAUGGUGAAAUCGAUCUCCAAUCAGCCGGCCGGAAAAGGGGAGAGCGGGUUUCCUGCCUGGCUCAAAUCGGAGGAACAGAGCCUGCUUCAACAGAAUGACUUCGCCGCCGAUGCGACUGUGGCCGCCGAUGGGACAGGGGAUUUCACCACCGUAAUGGAGGCGGUGCUGGCAGCCCCCGACAAGAGCAUGCGGCGGUAUGUGAUAUACGUGAAAAAGGGUGUGUAUUUCGAGAACGUUGAGAUCAAGAAGAAGAAAUGGAAUAUCAUGAUGAUCGGAGAUGGCAUUGACGCCACCGUCAUAUCCGGUAACCGGAGCUUCAUUGACGGGUGGACGACGUUCCGGUCAGCCACCUUCGCGGUUAGUGGAAGAAGAGGGUUCAUAGCACGAGACAUAACGUUCGAGAACACGGCAGGACCAGAGAAGCAUCAAGCCGUGGCACUUAGGUCCGACUCGGACCUGUCAGUGUUCUUCAGGUGCCGUAUGAGUGGCUACCAAGACACGCUAUACACGCACACCAUGCGCCAAUUCUAUCGCGAGUGCCACAUCAGCGGCACGGUCGACUUUCUCUUCGGUGACGCCACCGUGGUCUUCCAAAACUGCACCAUCCUAGCCAAGAAGGGUCUUCCCAACCAGAAAAACACCAUCACUGCCCAAGGCCGGAAGGACCCGAAUCAGCCCACCGGCUUCUCCAUUCAAUUCUGCAACAUCUCCGCCGAUUCCGACCUGCAGCCAUCAGUUAACACCACUGCAACAUACCUCGGGAGGCCAUGGAAGGAAUACUCAAGAACCAUUAUCAUGCAGUCGUACAUGAGCAAUGCCAUUAGGCCAGAAGGCUGGCUCGAGUGGAAUGGCGAUUUUGCUUUGAAUACUUUGUUUUACGCCGAGUUUAUGAAUUAUGGACCGGGGGCCGGGUUGGCUAAGCGCAUCAACUGGCCGGGUUACCACCGGCUGAACCAAACCAGUGAGGCUACUAACUUCACCGUGUCUCAGUUCAUUGAGGGGAACCUGUGGCUGCCGUCCACUGGUGUCAAGUUCACCUCAGGAUUUGGAGCCAAUUAAGGAAGCCAUUGGCUUUGGUUUGUACAAUGGCCCCAAAUUAUUAUGGUAUGAUUCAUAGCUAUACGUUGCACGAGCGUGUAUGUCUAAGUUAAAAGCUUUGUGUUCGUGAGAAUCUAAAACUCAUCGACGUAAGCAAAAGAGAUCGUUUGGUUUAAGGUCUAUGUAAAUGUAUAUCACCGUGGAUAAUAAACAUACGGAAAUAUGCAUUGUCAAC